AGGCAUAUACGUCAAUUUACGUUCGAUCUGACAGACCGAACAGUCGCACUGUCGCGUCUAACUGGCUCCGAGGGCAUUUUUGCCGAAGAGGUGAGUCGUGUCGAAAUAUCGUAUGUUUUAAUCAAAUACUGAUGUGAAUUGCCUAAAGGGUGCUCAAUAAUCAUGCCGAUCAAGAUGAAUGUCUUUCGCUCAGGAAUGAGAAAACUCGGCAAACGUACCAAGAUGAGUACACCUGCAGCUAAAAAAAAUAAAGAAGAUGCAAACAAAGAAGCUUACAGUAUAGAUACCUCAAAGGAAGUGAGAUCUGUUUUAGAGAAGAUCAUGGGUGAUGUGAGCAAAUCAUCAGCAACUAAACAGAUUCUUAUUGGUACUACAUCAGGAUGGGUAACUGGAUUUGUCACCAUGAAGGUUGGGAAGGUAGCAGCAUGUGCAGUCGGUGGUGGAAUUAUCAUGUUGCAAAUAGCCGCGCAUCAAGGUUAUAUUAAGAUUAAUUGGGACAAGAUUACGAGAAAAGCUGAGAAAAUAACAGAUAAGAUGGAAGAAAAGAUAACUGGCGAGGGACCAAAAUUCAUGGAUAAGGUCGAAAGAUACGUCGAUAAGAAGCUGGAUAAAGCCGAACAAUUGCUGAAACAAGGAGAAAAACGUACGCGACGCUGGUACCAUGCUUUUAUGGGUGAUGAUAUCUUUGAACCAAAGGAAAUCCAUUUUUUCCUAGUUUCAUUCGUGGCGGGAGUCGCACUUGGUAUUGCCACUGCUAACUAGGUAGUAAAUUGCUGCACUCUGAAUGCUACCAAGAGAAAAAUUGAUAUUUCUGUCGUACCAAAAGACAGCCACUCCAUCGUCAUUAUCGAUCACGACGACGUCGUCGACGAGUACAAUCACACUAUUGUGAACGAGGUGAGGAACAAAAUCAAUGAACUGAAGAAAUGGGUGGCACGAACUACGCUUAAUCCUAGAUAAGUAGAUUUAUUUUUUAGUUUGUCAAUUGAUGCUGGUAAUGAGUAAAAUUCACUCGUGUACAGUAGAAUUGCUUCUAACUAAUUUUACGCACAACUGUGUUUAAGAUUUUUGUAUAGAUGUAUUACAAAACACAGAUCUUCAUCUAUGAACAAAAUUAAUAAGUAUAAAUAGAGUUUUACUCAUUGCUCAAUAAUCUAUUUCUAGAAUUAAUACAUCAAACAAAUGAAAGUCCUAUAUUUUUUUCGUAUUUAAAAUUAUAUGAAAAGGAUUACUUAUUUAAAAUUUGAUAGACUGCUAAUUAUUUACUUUAUAUGUUCUAUUUUGUGAAUUUGUAAAAAUGGGAAUAUUUCUUAUAAAACAAAAUUUUGAAAUUUUGAUCGAUUUCAUUAUUGCCAGUUGCAUACAAGGCAUGUGCGAAUACAAAAGCAUAAAUGAUGUGUGUCUAUAAAAUAAAGAGAUUUCUUGUUCAUUCAGAAUGCAGCAAGAAAUUAGUCAUCUUAGGAGAUAUAAACCUCUUGUUAGUAUUAUAUUAUAUACUAUAUUUAUCUUACUAUUGUAAAGAAUCGCGAUUCUUUCUUUCCCUGUUAUUUAUACACUUAACCGAUCUACAUUUCCAUCGCGUCGUUUAUAUAUACUCUUUCUUAUACAAAUAUCUUAGUACACAUGUACCACAUCUUAAAUAAAAAUUAUUUAACAAUG